AAAUUACCAGCAGUACGUAAAGGCAUCACAAACCCCUAUCGGACAGCCCGCUAGCAACGAGCCACUUGACUGCUGAGGUGGUCCGCCCCCCCGGCUCAUAUCCCAUCAUUAAAACGGUUAAAAAGGAUUAUCUAAUCCCCCUUUUACCUUGUUCGGUAAUAACUGGCGGAAGGAAGAAGAUGUCGUCCGCGUAUAAAGACGGAGAGGACUGGCUGACUGUAUGUCUCAAGUAUCUGCUUUUUGUCUUCAACUCGCUAUUUUGGGUGGGAGGAGCGGCCGUCUUCGGUGUGGGCGUUUGGACGCUGGUGGAGAAGAGUGAGUUCCUGAGCCUGCUGGCCUCUAGCACCCUUGCCGUAUCCGCCUACAUCCUCAUCCUGUCCGGGGGGCUGGUCGUGGUCACAGGCUUCCUGGGCUGCUGCGCCGUCGUCCGAGAGCAGAGGAGUUGUCUGUCCACGUAUUUCUUUUGCCUGCUUUUGAUUUUCUUGAUCGAGCUGGUGGCUGGUGUACUGGCUUAUGUUUACUACCAGAGGCUGAGCGAAGAGCUGAAGCAGCACCUGAAGCAGCACCUGAAGCAGACCAUGACAGACAACUACGCCCAACCAGGAAAGGAGGCUAUCACGUUAGCUGUGGACAAACUACAACAGGAUUUUAAGUGCUGCGGUAGCGACAACUACCAAGACUGGACGACGAGUGUUUACAUUACGUCAAAGCAUGCCAGGAGGAUGGUGCCUGACAGCUGCUGUAAGUCCAUGACGCCCGAUUGUGGCAUCAGGGACCACCCAUCCAACAUCUACAAUACAGAGGGUGGCUGCAUAACCAAGCUAGAGCAGUUCUUGGCAGACCAUCUGUUGGUGAUAGGAGCCGUGGGGAUCGGAGUGGCAUGUCUGCAACUGGCCGGUGCCGUGUUGACAGCCUGCUUUAUCUAUCUUCUCUAUAAAGAGGAAAAGGAGGACAUCUGUGGGAUGGUGCUCACCUGCUGCUUGUACAUGAGGAUCAAGAUGGAGCCUUACUGAGCCGCAGUGACAUGUUUUAGCACCUCCUAUUUAACUCCACUGGAUUAUCUUCCUCUGGUGUCAUCCUUGUAUCCAUCAUCUUUCAAAUGAGCAGGGCGACAACUAACUAACUACACUCCACGCAAGGGGAAACACUGUCAUUUUUCAAUGAUGUGUGAGGUUUAAGCUUAGCAAUGUUAGCUCAUCUUACUGAAUGUGUCAAGGAGACAAUGAGGUCAAAUCCCCCUGAUGACCGUUAAAAAAAUAGUAAAACAUUGCCUGUAAAAUUAAGCAUGAUAACCAGUGUGCUUUUAGUGUAUACUGCCACCUGGUGGCUUACAUUAGUUAACAAGAUUUCUGAACUAGUCUGAGGGGAAAAUGUUUCAGAUGUUCAUUUCAGAGGCCUUAAAGGGAGUUGUAAACAUAUAUUCUUAUUCACUUAGAAAUGAUCGGUUCUUCUUUUUGGAACAUUAAUAACCACUACUCCUGCCCGCCAACUGUAUUAUCAAAACUCAAAUAAACAAAGUGCACGAA